CCAUUAGACAUAACGAACAUCAUACAGAGAAGAUAAGUAUAACAAUUGAACCGCCACCAUGAUCGCAAAAUGGUUUGGUCAAUGAUAAACAAGAGCACUAUUGACUUAGGCUUUCAUAGAUACACAUUACACUUUGUGUAAAAAAAAACUGCAAAUAUCGGGAAUGUUUAAAGCCACUUCCUCCAACCCGUAGUUGUUCCAUUUUGCUCGAAUCGGCAAACGCUGGGUAGGUAUAUAUGAAUUCAAUAAAAAAGCACAGAUUGAGCAGUAUAAAUCGAGAACGCGCAGAGGACUUUGCAACAGAUCAAGCGUCAUAUCCAGAACAUUCAACAAAACCAGCUAACAGACUGAAGCAUGAACGGCCACAUGGAAGAGUUUGUGACCUACACAUCGGCCACUCUGUUUGUAGGGAUUAUCUCGCCUACAGAGCAUCUAUCAGAAGAGCUCCAGGAAAUCGUUCAAUCGUUACCCAGAAGCAUCCGCAAGAAAGUUGUGGAAACAACAAUGGCCGGUUCUACGUCCCUAGUCAAGGCGUGUGCAAUUGGAAACCUCAAAAUCAUCGAAUAUCUUGUGAAGAUUUGUGGCGCUGACAUAGAACAGAAAAGCACCUGCCCGCGCCGGAGCAAGUUCAAUCCAAACAGCUAUACCCCUUUGAGUUGGGCUUGUAGAUACGGGAACUUUCACGUCCUCGAAUGUCUCAUCCAGCUGGGUGCGGAUAUAAACGGUGUGUCCGAUUGUGGUUCAACUCCGCUGUUAAUUGCAUGUCAGCGAAGGAAUGUUGAAAUUGUUAAAUAUUUGGUGCUGAAAGGUGCGGACGUUAGGAAGGCCAAAAAUGACGGUGAAACUUGUUUCUUUGCUUGGUUAAAAUCAUGUUCGUUAGAUCCCAACAAUCAAGACGUGGAAAUGAUUCAACUGCUGUUAAAGCAUGGAGCUGACCCACUAGUAUCCUAUAAUGGAGAAGAUUCCCUCCGGUUUUUGUGCCGCAAUAGCAACUUCAGAGUGGCACUCUGCCUCAUGAACUUUUUCGAUUACUCGCCAGAAAGAAAGGCAGACACUUACGAGCUGAUGGGUGCUAUAAUAUAUUUUAGACAUUACAAACGUUUGUUAGCAAUUCAAUGCUGGCGAAAGGGUCUAAACAUACGAAUGAACGCUGGGAAUUACAUUGCAAAGCGACCUGAGAAUCCACCUCAAUCCAUCUAUGGGGAUGCGCGGGAGUUCACAACCAUUGCCGAGCUGGAGGCAAUGACCUACGAUCUUGAUGCGAUAGGUAUCCAGAGUUUGAUGAUCUGCGAAAGGAUAUUAGGGAUUGACGACAACGAAACGUUGUCGCAUAUGACUCGCUUUGGUUACUUCUACCAGAAAACCCAACGGACGGAUAAAAGUAUGGACUUAUAUCUGAAGGUACUGCAGAGACAAGUUCAGAAAAACAGCAUAUUCAACUGCAACAGUUUGGGUACUACAAACAGAAUUGUAGGAUUUAUGUUGGAUCUAUUGCAUGCAGAAGAUCCGACUUUGCCACGAUUUGAAGAUGCCUGGACCGUAUUACAGCUUUUGGCAUCAAAUGCCAUCAAGACUAGUGAGCUGGAUAGCAUCAAGCACCAAUGUUGCACCAUUGAUCGCAUUAUUCAUUACCUAGCGUAUCUGUUGGAUAUUUUGCUCUCCGUAGCUAAAAGCGAAAAUGAACUCGAAAUGAUUGAAAAAUUAGUUCGGAAACUAAUCUACAAAGAUGUUCGAUGUGCCAAAACCGGUGAAACAUUGUUGCAUCUGUCCGUUAAACGAGAUGGUUUUGAACAUCGAGUGCAAGGCCUCGGUUUCAAGCAUGUGUUCCGAAAUGGUAACUUUUCGAAACUGUUGCUGGCAUGUGGAGCUCAUAUAGAUUCACCGAAUUUGGCUGGCGUUCGACCAUCGGAAUUACUGGUGAAAAAUCUACAGAACGACAUUCCCGUGAACAAAUUUAUCACCCUCAAAUGCCUCUGCGCGAACACGAUCAUCAAGAAGGGAAUUUCUUACCAAGGAAUGGUCUCCCGCACCAUGGAGGCCUUCGUACGUGAACACGAAUGGCAGCGUGCCGAACACGUAUCUACUAAAGAAACAUAACAGCAAGCAAGGCACAGACGUAUCAGAAGGAGCCAAAGGACCUGCCAAAGAUUGAUGGACCACGACAAUUGAGACUGUAACCACCAGGACCAGGUGGAAGGGUGCAAUAAUGUUAUGAAAAAAGAUUUAAUUUUAUUCAAUUAAAAUCAAAUGGAACUACGGGAAGCCGUUGUCAACUAUAAACUUGGUAAAUGUACCA